AUGUCAUAUUGUGCUGUUUAUUUGAAUCGAAUUCAUCGUGAAAAAAAUUUACCGGAAAAACCGGAAGAUCCAUUGAUUCUAGAAAAAUCAAUACCACAUGAUGGUGAAUUUACAUUUGUUGAUUUUGUUCCAUCUGUAUUAACAUAUUCAUCCAGUGCACAUGAAGUUAAAUAUCAUCAAUUUAGUCAUCUGAUUGAUACAGCCAACGCAUGGAUAGCAAAAAAUUUACAAUGGAAUAUAAUCAAUUGUGAAACAGUACGUUUAUCAUAUCGACAUAAUGUUACAUCGAUGGUUAGCCGUUGGGAACAACAAAUUAAUCCGGUUACACCAUUAUUAAGUCCAAUAUCUCGUGGUGAAUUUGAAACAUCGUUGAAGGCGUUUCGAUUAUGGAUACGACGAAAAGAUCAAAUCGAUAAUGAUUUUUAUAAUGAUGAUAUAAUGUUUAAUAAUAAAUUUCGACGGAUAAAAUAUCUGGAUUUUAUACCAAAACGUUUGAAUGAAAAUUCAUUUGAAACAAUUGAUCAAUUAUUGGAAAGAAUUAAUAUACGUUUAAAACAACCGGAUACUAUAUUUUGGAAUAUAAUUACAUUAGAAUCAUUAAAAAUUGAAGCUAAUAGUGAAUGGUUUAUUGAUCCGGAAAUUAGUUUAGUUGAUGAAAGUUCAAGACAUUUAACUAUACUUCGAUUAUUUUAUGAAGAAUAUACAAAUACUGGUGAUAUGAAUGUAACAAUAUUUGAAGAAAAUGAUGAUUAUACAUAUACAGUAAUUGGAAUUGAAGAUUUUAAACCUGAACUUAUUUCAGCUGGUAGUUUUUUUAAACGACCAAAAUUUGAACGAUUUUGUUCAUUAACACAACGUGCAAGUCGUUGGUUAAAUAGUCAUUAUGUGGAUUAUUUUCUAAAUGCACAAUCGAUUGAUAUUAAAAUCAAAUCUGCAUCAAAAUUGGAAACAAGAAAUUGUACAAACAUUGAACAUGGUCAUUAUAUACAAUUUUUACGUAUAGUUUAUUGUAAAUUAUUACCUAGAAUAAAUAAUGAUUUACCAACAAUACAACGGCCAAAAUCAUGUGAACCAACAACAACAACAACAUUGAAUCAACAAUUAGAUAUUAUACAGCUUUGUUCAAAAGUUUUUGUUGCAACAAAACUUGAUCAUCCAUUAGAUUCAAUGCAACAAAGAAUUUAUAAUUGGCUACGAUUGGAUAAUAAUCAUAAUGUAUGUAUACUUGGUGCUGAAACAAUAAAUGUUUAUGGUAAAGAUGAUGAUGAAAAAGUAUUGGAAAAGAAAACAUAUGAAAGUUUUUAUGGUAAUCGUCUUGGUUCAUUAAAUACAUAUACAUUUAAAGCAAUACGAUUAUAUUAUUGUCAAAUACCAACUGGUGAUGAUUUAAUUGAAAAUCGAUCGAAAUAUUAUCGUAAGGAUACGACAUUUCCAAGAAAAAAAUCUAAAAAUUUUUCCUCAUCCAACACCAAUGAUAACAAUGAUAAUCGAAAUAAAUCAUUACAACGUAAAAAUAGUAGAUUAAAAAUUUUUCAUUCAAAUUCAUUUGGUAUGAAUGAACAACGAUCACCAACAACAACAACAACAACAACAACAAAAGUAAAUAGAAAAUUAGAUGAUAAAGAAUCGACAAUAGGUUUUUUAAAAAGUUUACGAAGAUCACAAAGUCAAAUAGAAAAUCAUACAAAAUCAUGUAAUUGUAUGUAAAACAUACAAUAAAAUCAUUUGAUUAAUCAAUUGUAUAUUCUGGAAUUUAAA